ACAAAUCUUGAAUGGCCUGAAAUCUGACCUGGGGCAGUAUGGGGAGAAAGGAGGUGCUUGGGAGAGGACUGGGAAGUGAACACACGGAGGUGGAGACGUGGAGACACUUGGGACAGAGAGGAAGAUGGAGCUGUUAACUCUGCCAGCCUUACAUCGCAUGGCCAUCUGUGGUGGUACCCAUGGCAACGAGAUGACUGGCGUGUACCUGGUGCAGGAAAUGGCAAGGCGACAGAAGGAGGAAGGGGAAAAGGCGUGGCCUCUACCAAUCAUGCUGGUGCUUUCCAAUCCUCAGGCCAUAAAGCAGUGCAGGAGAUACAGUGAGACAGACCUCAAUCGCUGUUUCACUAGCGCCAUCCUCAGUACCCCAAUCACAGACAGCUCUCCUUAUGAGUUAAGGAGAGCACAUGAGCUAAAUGCCCUCUUGGGUCCAAAAGAUAGCAAAGAGGCUGUUGAUAUCUUGUGUGACCUCCAUAAUACCACGUCAAACAUGGGAGUUACACUCAUCUCCUACUCUCUGGAUGAGUGGAUCAGUCUUCACAUCUACAAAUAUCUAAAGAUGAAAAUGACCUCAGUGCCAGUAAGAUUGUUCAUGGUAAAUAUCCCCAAUAAUGAAGCAUACUCCCUGGAGUCUGUGGGCAAGAAUGGCUUCUCACUAGAAGUGGGUCCACAACCACAUGGUGUGCUCAGAGCUGACAUAUACAAUUAUAUGAAGGAGGCCCUCGAGCUAGCAAUAGAAUGGAUCAGCCUUUUCAAUUCAGGUGCUGUGAUAGAGGGUGGAGAGGUGGAGGCACAUCUGUUCCAUAAGAGCAUUGAUUAUCCUCGAGAUCCUGACAGCCAACAAAUAUCAGCUGCCAUACACCCUCAACUGCAGGACCAGGACUUCUGCUGUCUAAAGCCAGGUGAUCCCAUGUUCCAAUGCUUCUCCGGAGAGACUAUGUGUUACAAGGAGGACGAGUGUCUCUAUCCCUUCUUUGUAAAUGAAUGUGCUUACUAUGAGAAAGGCAUCGCAUUCCACCUGGCUCGCAAGACCACCCUGAAGAUUCCUUCAGUGAAAGUGCAGAUUGAGGACAGGGGAACAAGUUAAUGAUA